AUGGAAACAACCAAAAAGGCUUUACGGUUAAAGCUAUUGGAGCGCAGGAAGUUCAUUCACAAAAAUUUACUUUCUAUUCAAGAUCUUUACUAUGAAAACCUCAGAACCAAAACAUUUCCAUUACUAAAAGAAAAUAUUCCACCCCGCUCCCGAAUUAUUUCAGGGUUUUACCCAAUUGGCUCUGAAAUUGACUGCAAAUUUAUCCUUAGCCUUUUUAAGCAGCAAUCAUAUAUUAUUUGCCUUCCAGUAGUUAUAGGAAAAGAUCAGCCACUUAUAUUUAGAGAAUGAGAUGGGGAGGAAAAAAGCCUUGUAGAAGGAAUGUACAGAAUUAAGGUACCUAAUAGUGAAAAUCCUAUCAGAGUUCCAGACGUAAUAAUAACACCUUUGGUCGGAUUUGAUUUGAACUUAUAUAGAAUAGGCUACGGUGGAGGAUAUUAUGAUAGGACAUUUAAAGCUUUUCCAAAUUCAUUAAGAAUAGGGUUGGGCUAUUCAGAGCAGCUAGUAGAAGAGCUCCCGGUUGAAGAAAAUGAUGUAAAACUUCACGUUAUUGUCACUGAGGAAGGAGCGAUAAAAUAG